GUUAUUUGUUGACGUUUCUUUUUAAAAUAAAUUCGAAUUCUAACAUUUUUCAUUUAUAUCUACCAAAUAUAUUAUAUAUUUUUUUAUUUUGGUUUAAUCUGCCUUCAUUUACGAACAUAAUCUUAUGGAUAUUUUGUCUUGUUUCAUGAAUUAGCCUUUAGAAAUGUCAGCUCGCUGGACGAACAAAAUGACUAUUUUACAAGAUUUGGCCUAUGCACAAGGAAGUGUUGUUCCUGUUGAUAUUGAGAAUCCUUUAUCGUACGAUGAGAAACCACCUAGAGAAGUUUGGGAGGAAGAAACUGAAGAAGAAUAUUAUAACGAUUUAAUGGCAAAUGGGGACUUAAGCAAUGGACCAGAUAUUGGAAUGAUACAAGAACUUCUAGAUGUGGUUCGUAAUGCUAAUACAAGUCCUGAACUAGAAAAUAACAAUGAUAUAAUUGAAAUAAGUAAGCUUAAUAUAAAAUCGCCUGAGCCCCUACCUGGUCCUUCUGGAGAUAACAAACCGGGGAAAGCAUGUGUCCAAGAAACCCACAAAACAACACCUAAAAAGAAGCGAAAUAGAAAUGCAGCUAUUAAUUCACUCAUUGAAGCUUAUGGUGUGCAAAACAGUACAGAACAAAAAGAGGUAGAAAUAUUAGACAAUAAAAGCAUAAAACUAUUAAAGCCAAAUGAUUUUAUAUUAAAGAAUAAUGAAAGCACAGAAGAUAAAGAGACUACUGGCUUAUGUUCUAAUGAGAACAGAUUAACAUCACCAGCAAAUAUGUUUAGAAAAAAAACACCUUCAUCUGAUAGUUCUAUUAUGUUUAAAAGGAGGAUUCAAACACCAGAUCAAAGUAAAAUAGAGAAUAUUAAUAGCACAGAAGUUUAUGUACCAUCAUCACAAGCUAAUGAAUAUUACGAGAAAUAUAUUGAAAGGAGUAAAACAAAGCAGGCAAUAAAGGAAGAUAUUUGGACAAGGGCUGAGAGGAUAAUGAUGGAAAUUGAUGAAAAACGAAAACAUGAAAAAGAGGAACUUGUUUCACCUAGCUGCAAAUCUCCAGAAAUUGUGAAUGAAUCAAAUUCAGAAUAGUUUUGAUAUGAAACAAAUUUACAUGUAACUGUCAAUGUGAUAAUAUAUUGUGAUGUUAAGGUAUUGUGCCAGUUGAGUUAUUUAUAUUUGGUAGAGUGGUAUAUUGAAACCUGAACUAAAAUUAACUGCUCUGCUAAAAAUAUUUCAAUUUUAUUAUUUUUAUAGCAUUCACUUUCAAUUUCUAAAUGUUAAUAAAAAAUGUUAAGCAAAGAUGUGGUACACUCAUCAUGAGCAAAUGUUUGCUAUUCAGAUUUCAGUAUUGGUUAUUUUUAUUUCUGUGUCACCUCGCUGAUACAGUAAUAUGCAAGUUUUUGUCCUUAACUUGAAUACUUUGUCACUUAUCGUACAACUACCCAUUAUUUACAUGCUUAAUAAAACUUUACAUUGAACGGACAAUAGAGUUAUAUUUGUAUAAAUAAUAAGAUCAAACAAAUUCAAGUUAAUUCUUUUAUUACAGUACAAGUAUAUUUGAAACUUCCAUUCCCAAAAACAAAUAAGGUUCUCAAUUAAUAGUUUGUUUUAUUUCAUUAUUGAAAUAUAAGUCUGUAAAGUUAAGUUUUAUGACAUUAUACAUUUAAUGUACAUAGCGUUGAACUGUUUUAAAAUAAUUCAAUAUUUUUAAGACUUUUUCAUCGUAUAGGAAAUUCAGAGAGUAAUAUUUUACAGAACUUCUGUUUUAGGUUGUUGUAGGAAAAAUAGUAUUUACCCUUUAAUAAAAAGAUGUGAUUGGUAAAAAAUCUAAAGAUUCUUAGUCAGAGUGAGAAUGAAUUGAUUCAUAACAGUUUCUGGCAGAUUUUCAAUUCUAUUUGGCUAUGCUUGUCCCGGUGUCGUUUGCGGAUUUACACUAAUAAAAUAUAGCCAAUAUUACUCGUAAAGAUGUGGCUCUCUAAUGGUGAAGGUAAAAUCGGUCGAGAAGGUCCUGUGUAAAUCAUGACAAGCAAAAAAUUGUCUUUCCUCUUUAUAAUAUUUUAGUAUAAACAAACUUGCAAUUAGCAUGUACAAAGGUCUCACUCUGUGUUUUUUAGUUUUUAUUUGAAAUGUUACAUUGUAUCUUAUUUAGUGAAUCUAAAAAAAUAUCAUAAUUCUAAGAUACUGAACUGUUUUUUAUAAGUUUAAUGUACUACAACUAGAUUUAUAAUUACGAAUACUGUUUAGAACAGGUUGAAAUUUUAUUUUACAGUAAAGUAUUAAAAGU